AGUUAGAAAUGCUGAAUGAUGAUGAAAAUGAAAGUUCGAUGGAGCAGCAUCAGUGUUCUAAUGCUGAUGUUACCACCAAAAAGGUUUUUGGCGGGCUAGUAGGGAUAGGGCUGCCAAAACCUGCAUUGCCAAUUGUGAAAGAUAGGCCUACUGAAGAAUAUGUUGAAGAAGAGGAAGAAACUGACAAGCCGAUGGAGCAGUUUAGGGCUAAUAUUAAACCCUUCAACAUGCGAGAUCUUCGCAAGACAUCCUCUACGCCAUUGGCAGUUCAAAGAAAGAAGAAAUCCGUAUUGGAUGCCUCGGUAGCUGGGAAGAAGGUUGAAGCUAUCAGUAACGUCAAAAAAGAAGUUCUUGAGCUUCAAAAGACUUUGUACUCAAAACAAAUUCAAUUUUUGGAAGACGAGCAUGAGGCUAAAUUAAGGCAUUUAGAAGAGGAGCACCAAAAAAAAAUGACACUUUUAAAUUUGAAAAUCGAAAAACAGGCAACGGAAUUGGCUCUUUUAAAAAAUAACUAAAUUAUUCAUGUGUUCGAUUGUAGAAAAAACAGCAUUAUGCUUCUUGGUGUUUGGUCUGUUUGGUAUUACAUUCUGCACCAUUAUUAU